CCGGACAUGACUCCUCACUAUGACUCGGGCAUCUUCAACCAGUCCCCCGCCAUCUCCAUGCCUUCACCAUCAGCAAACGCCAUGGCCCGGCAGCAGCAGAGAUAUUUAAGUCAAUCGAACAACUCCACACUGACAACCUCGAGCCCCCCGUCGACUGACGACAUCUUCCCCUCCCCGCAUUCCUCCGACCCUCAGUCCAUGUCCUCGUGGCAUUCCGAUUCCCUCGGAUCGACGGGGCUUCCAUACACCCCUGACAUUCACGGCCACGACGCCCAGGCCUGGUGGUCUCCAAUGACAUCUCGCGUUGCCCAGCGGCAGCCUUCCUACCAGCAGAUGGUGACAUCACCAGCUGCGCAAAGACCCGUGCAGAACCCCGCAAGCCAAAACGACAUGCUGCAAGGGGGCCUGAUGAUCCAACUUGACCCCUCAUCCUUCGAUCUCUCCGGCACAAACCCAUCCUUCGCCUCGUGUGGCAUGCCUUCGGCCCCCAACGGCCACGAAACCCGCCCUUACAGCCACAACACCACGGCAUCCGUGGACUCAUCCUCCUUCAUGACCCCCCAAGUUCCUCCCAUGCAAUCCCGAUCACCAUCACUAUCACCGGGGACCAGCGGCUCCCCCAGAAGCGGAUCGACCAUGCACAACGGCAACGGCGUACGGUCUUCUCCCCCACGUCGAGGCUAUGGCCGGAAGCUAUCCUCCAACUCGAUGACCGCCCCCAAGCCAGUUAAGGGACUUAGCGGCUCCUCGGGGAGUCCAAAGGGGAACAACAAAUCCGUCACCGUAUCAUUUGUGAACUUCACCGCACACGACAGCCAGAAGAUCCUUGGCGGCGUUGCCCCCAGCGGUAGCUCCAAGACCAAGGCCCGGCGAGAGCAAGAGGCUCGCGACCGACGACGCAAGCUCAGCGAAGCGGCCCUACUGGCCGUGCGAAGGGCAGGAGGAGAUGUUGAGGCCCUUGAGGCCAUCCUGUGCUAGACACAUGCCUGUACCAUCUCAUCUAUAUAUACCUAAUUGUCUUUUCGUUGCUCUGUUUUUCUUCUUCAUCUUUUUUUUUUUUUUUGCUGCAAC